CACUGUGGCAGGGGAGAGGGAGAGGAGAGUCAGGGAGGGAGGGAUGCUGGUGGUGAAGCCGCGGAUAUUCAUGAAGACGCCAAAUAUUUUCUCCCUCUGUCUCUCUCUGUCUCUCUGUCUUUCUUCCUUUCAUUCUCACUCUCUUGCCGUGGUGACACACACACACACACACACACACACACACAGCUUGUGUGCACAGAGACAGAGGGAGCAGCACAGACAGCAGGAGAUGGAGACGAGGCCCUGCCCAUCUUGCCAUUGAUCUUGAGGCAAGCAAGAGAAUCCACACCAGCGAGGAAACGCCAACUCUAAUUCAAGGAUGCGUCCUGGAAAAUCAAACCUGGAGUUUUGACUUUUGGAAUUCUCCGAUCAGCCGAUCAUAUUUGAGGUUUUAUCCCGAUGCGCCGCGUGGAUCCGUGUGACCAAUCGGACGAUGGAAAAGUGAUCUGAGGCAGAAGAGACUGAGUGCAAAUUUUCACGACAAUCCGUCUGGAUUUUGGUUUUCCGUAAUCGUUGGGAAAUCACAUUCAUGUGGGAUCAGGUUCACAGUUGGGAAACAUCAUGUGAACAUUAUUCUGGGUUGGAUAAUCAUUUUAGAAAACAUGUGAAAAGGUUUUCUCCAGCCGCAACGUAAUGAACUGGCUUGUUUUGCCAAGAGAAGACGACAUGCAGACACUCUUGUUUUUCCCCAGAACCUUGUAGCUGUCGCAAAAAUGGAAUGAGACUUCCCUUUUUUACCCUUCUUUCCGCCUUUGGCUUGUUAAAAACACACACAGAUCUAAGUGAAGGUGACUGAACUCACUCUGGACCUGGAGUCCCUGAGGGACACGCAGAUGCACCUUUGCUGUUCUACAGCGGGACAACUGUUUCCAACCGUCUGAGGAGGACAGGACUGAGGUGUGGACACGGUAGCGAGCACGGUGGUUGGCUGGCUUUUGGAGUCAGUUCCAAUGGGGGCCGGCUGUGACCCGGUCUGACCUCGGUUCGACCUUGCUGUGACCUCUGACCUCUCCGGUCCUGGCUCUCCACCUGCUCUGCUGCCUGGGUUCAGGAACGCUCCGCCCUGGGGCCCAGAACGAGCCAAUCAGAAUGAAGAAGAGCCGCAGCGUGCUGUCGGUGACUGGAGAAGAGGGAAAUGACACAGAUAUAACAGGUGCUGGGGAGAAGGCGGAGUCGUCUCGCUGCAGCCGAUCCUAUACAUCUGGGGCUACUCUUGGGGCCGAGCUGCGCAGAGGGCGGAGCAGGCGACUCUCACCGAGUCUCCAGGUGCCCUGCUGGCUCCGCCCAAGAGACCGCACUCGUUCACCAGAGAUCCUGGGCAAUGUGUCACGUCCUACAACUCUUCCUCUCCGGAUCCCACCACGCAUCUCCAUCACACAAGCAGAUGCAGACAGUUACGAAGCAGAGAAUGGCGUGUCACCAGGUCACAGCCCUCUGGGCUCUCAGAGUCCAGGCCUCACCCUGCACACUUCCUUACCCCAGGGCCAGAGAAGAGAGUCCUUCCUCUACCGCUCAGACUCUGACUACGACAUGUCGCCCAAGACGGUGUCACGUAACUCCUCCCUUGCCAGCGAAGGACACACAGCAGAGGACUUUAUUGUCACGCCUUUUGCUCAGGUACUGGCCAGUCUGCGAUCAGUACGGAGCAACUUCACCAUCCUUGCCAACGUCUCCACGCCAACAGUCAAGAGGUCUCCUCUGGGCAGUCCCAGGGCGACACUAUCGGACCAGCAGUAUCAGCAGCUCGCUUUGGACACUCUGGAGGAGCUGGACUGGUGUCUGGACCAGCUGGAGACCAUUCAGACACACCGCUCUGUCAGUGAAAUGGCCUCCACCAAGUUUAAGAGAAUGCUGAACAGAGAGCUGUCCCACCUUUCAGAAAUGAGUCGCUCCGGGAACCAGGUAUCUGAAUACAUCUCCAGCACCUUCAUGGACAAGCAAAACGAGGUGGAAAUCCCAUCUCCUACCCUGAAAGACAAAUCUAUGAGUCACAUCAGCGGAGUGAGGAAACUGUCUCACAGCUCCAGCCUCUCCAGCGCUUCCAUGCCUCGCUUCGGAGUCAACACAGACCACGAGGACGAGCUCGCCAAGGAGUUGGAGGAUCUGGACAAGUGGAGCUUUAACAUAUUCAGAGUAGCAGAGUUCUCCAACAACAGGCCCCUCAGCUGCAUCCUGUACGCCAUCUUCCAGGAACGAGAGCUGUUGAAGACAUUUCGAAUCCCAGUCGACACGUUUGUCACUUACGUGAUGACCCUGGAGGACCAUUACCAUGGAAACGUAGCGUACCACAACAGCCUCCAUGCUGCAGAUGUCACCCAGUCCACGCAUGUCCUGCUCUCCACACCUGCUCUUGAUGCCGUCUUCACUGACCUAGAGAUCCUCGCAGCUCUGUUCGCUGCAGCUAUUCAUGACGUAGACCAUCCGGGAGUCUCCAAUCAGUUCCUCAUCAACACCAACUCGGAGCUGGCCCUCAUGUAUAACGAUGAGUCAGUUCUGGAGAACCAUCAUCUCGCCGUGGGCUUCAAGCUCCUGCACCAGGAGAACUGUGACAUUUUCCAAAACCUCACCAAGAGGCAGCGGCAGAGCCUCCGCAAACUUGUCAUCGAUAUGGUGUUGGGCACAGACAUGUCCAAACACAUGACGCUGCUGGCCGAUCUGAAGACCAUGGUGGAAACCAAGAAGGUGACGAGCUCUGGUGUCCUGCUGCUCGACCAGUACACAGAACGAAUACAGGUAUUGAGGAACAUGGUGCACUGCGCAGACCUGAGCAACCCCACCAAGCAGCUGCCGUUGUACAGACAGUGGACGGAGAGGAUCAUGGAGGAGUUUUUCCGCCAGGGCGACAAAGAGCGCGAGAGAGGGAUGGAGAUUAGCGCCAUGUGUGACAAACACACCGCAUCUGUGGAGAAGAGCCAGGUGGGUUUUAUCGACUACAUUGUCCACCCUUUGUGGGAGACAUGGGCUGACCUGGUACACCCGGACGCCCAGGAGCUGCUGGACACGCUGGAGGAGAACAGGGAGUGGUACCUGAACACCAUGCCCCAGUCUCCCUCGCCUCCGCCGGACAGACACCUGCAGCAUGACCGCUUCCAGUUCGAGAUCACCCUGGAGGAUCUGGAGCACAACAAUCACAACCACAUGGAAGGCGGCGACGAACAGAAUGCCAUGUGUGAUGGCGGCGACGCAGACGGUGUGCAGGAGGAGGACGAGGAAGAGGAGGAGGAGCAGCCAGACGUCGGGGAAGAGAACCACAUAGAGAAGGAAGAGGAUGAGGAGAAUCACAACGGCAACGAGAACGGAGUCCAGGAUGGAGAGGAGGAGGAGGAGGAGGAGGAGGGAGAAGAGACUAGAGAAAGAGAGACGGAGGAGGAGGAGGAGGAGGUGCAGGAGGACACAGCAUGUGAGGAACAUGAUGAGCAAGAAGAAGCAGGAGAAGGAGAGCAAAGAGAUGAUGUGGAAGAAGAAGACCAAGAAAACAAGGAUCCAGUGGAGGAUGGAGAAACUAAAGAGGAGGAGGAUGAUCAGGAAGUGCAAGAGGAAGUGGAGGAGGAGGAGGAGGAAGAAGGUGGAGAUAAUGAGGAAGCAAAGGAAGCUGGAGAAGAAAGUGAGGAAAAUGUAGAAAGGGAAGAGGUAGAAGGGGAAAUGGAUGAAGAAGAAGAAGGUGAGGGGGAAGAGGAAACUGAAAUGAAUGAGGAUAUAGAGGGUGAGGGGGAGGACAGUGGUGGACAAGAGGAGGGUGAGAAUGAGGAGAAAGCAGAGGAAGAGGAGUCAGAAAUGGUGGAGGGAGAGGAGGGAGAAGAGGGAGAGACAGAGGAGAACGUAGAGGACGUAAGGGAGGAAGAAGCAGAGGAGGAAGAAGAGGAGGAAGAAAAUUAGUUGGACGUAAACUCACAAAAUAACAGGGUCAGUGAGGAGAGAAAGAAAAUCCAGAGAGGCUUCCGCAGUUUGCAGGACGACUGACGAGGACGAGGCUCUGCUUGCUUUAUCAUAUGACAACGAACGUCAUAUGAACGUCAGACUUGACAGCAGAGACACGGAAAUAAACAAACCUCUCCAGAGCAAACGCCUUCCCGGGAACAAGCAGGUCGGUACAGUGUCUUGAUGAGUUGGUAGUGACAGACAGACGAGUCUUCAUUGCCAAAUAUCUGUACAUCCAUCACUGCCACACAGGAUGAACUGGUGAUUAGGGUCAAACAUGGGGGGAGGGGACACUUUUGUCAACUUUUGUAGCUCCUGAAAAAAAAAAAUAAAUAAAUAAAUACAUGCAGAAAAUGGCAUGUGUUCCCUGAUCUCAUGGAUUCUUAUCCAUCGUCUCUGUAACACCACAAACACACACACACACACACACACACACAGACCAUUCAAAUAAAAACAACACUGUUUUAAGAAUGUCAACCUUCUGUUUGUCAGAAAAAAGAGAAAAAACAACAAUAAUAAUGCCGAACAGUCUGGAAAUUGGAGUCUGUCAUGUUGUAUUUACUACAAAAAACGUUUGUACAUGUGAGCAGGAUGCGGAGUCCAGCACUCCUCACAUCCUAAUGCUGGAUUUGUGAAACCAUCUCUGGAGCAUACAGUACAUGGACCAUUGGAAACAUUCGCAGUCCAGCUCAGGAAAGGCUGACUUAUUGUACGUGUCGAUGUCAGUUCAUGUUACAAAAACAAAACAGAUUUAAAAAAGAAGGAAAAAAAAAACAGUAUUCAUCCUGUCACGACAUGUUUACCUCUCCCAGACCGUGGCUUAUACUUUCAUUUUUUGGGUGAAUCGUGCCAAAAUGUCCCACGACCAGCACUGAGCAAUGCAGCCUCUUUCCUCCAAGUGGAGGGUGGCGACUCGUCCAUGAAGCAAUGAACUGUGGGACCAGGAUAACUAACAGGUGUGAUGGUCUUCCACAAAUCCUUUUUUAUUUAUUAUUUUGUUAUGUUUUUGUUUUUGUAAAAAAAAAAAAAAAAUUGUCUUUGGCACUUUAACACCCCCUGUUACAUAUAUGUACAUAAAAAAACAAAAAACAUGUAUUUUAACCUGCUGAUGUCAUAUAAUAAAUAUGAUCAAUGAA